AUGGCGACCCUGCCAGUGCGGCCUCGAGCUGCACUGGCGGCGCGCUGCGCCAGCCACUGGGAGAUUGUUCGCGUCACGGACCCCGGGCGUGGCCUUGCCGACGUUGGACGCGACGACGAGGAGACUGGACACGAAGUCCUGGUCCCGCCACACAACGGUCAUGGAAUGGUCGCAAUCAAUAUAUCCGUGAUGAAAGUUUCCGAAUCCGAGAACCCGAGAGAACAUCUAGAAGAAUACGUAAUACCAUACAUGCUCGGCGUAGUGCUACGCUUCUCUCAGAUAACUCUUUUGGCGCCGGUGCGUCUACGCCGUGCGUAUGAUCGCUGGGCGGUGGUUAAAAUAUAUCCUGGACUAGUAAUGUUGCAACGACUACUUGUCUUUGCAUGUGGUGUUCUUGUAAUACCAACGGUACUUUAUCACAUUCUUAACAAAGACAUUUUUAUUGGCAUAUUUAUCUGUUCUAACGUUCUUCUACCUAUGUGGCCGUACAGCCUAGCAGUUUUGAAUUCACCAGGAAAACUUCAGAGACAUAUAACAUUAUUGCGACAAAUACAAAAGAUUAAUGAAAACUUCAAAUGCACUAAUGCAAAAAAGGAUAGACAACUUAAGACAUGGUUCAUUUAUGUAUACAUUGUUUGUGUAUAUGUUAUACCGGCAAUUGUAUUGAUGAAUGAAAAUUCAAUACCGUUACAAAGUCCUGUUUGGGCAAUCGUUUCGUAUCAACAUUUUGUCGUAUUUUUGCAACUUUUGCAGUUGAGUUUAAUUAUUAAUGAAAUGAUGUCCACGCUUAUUAUUAUCAAUGAUGAACUUCAAUCGUGGCUUGAAUGUUUUACUAAAGUGCAUCCAAGAGCAAGUAUUUGCUACCUCAGUGACUGCUACGGAGAAAUAUGCGAUUUAGUCGAGAAGAUAAACGAGGACAACGGAACUUUUUUACUGAUCCAAAUCGUGCUGAUAUUUACGGACUUACUUCUCACUUGCCACAAUUUUCUGACAGCUGUUGAUUCCAACGAUUUGAUUGGCAUGGUGCGGCAGGUGGCUUGGUGCUUGUUCCACCUUUCCCAGUUGCUGAUAUUGGUGGAACCAAAUCAUGGUCUAAAUGAACAGCAACAACGCACCCGCUGCAUACUUUGCAAGUUGGCAGGCGAGCUGGGGCUUAGUGGCCGGGAUGUGGCACACUUGGAGCCGUUCCUGCUGCAGGUUCAGAUGAGGAAUGCUGCAGUCGUACCCUUGGGGAUGUUCCACAUAGCGAGACCUCUUGUAGCCUCAGUAAUAGGUGGUGUGUCCACUUCUUUAAUAAUUAUAGUUCAGUUUAGGAAAAUGUCGGAACACGUGUGAACCGAAGAAUCUAAAUCGGUCCAUCCGUUCGGGAGCUACGAUGCCACAGACAGACACACACACAAACAGACAGACAGACAGGGCCGUCAAACUUAUAACACCCCGUCGUUUUUGCGCUGGGGGUUAAUUCUAAAUUAGAUUCAUAUAAGUACAUAAUUAAUAUGAAUUUAAGUAUGUCGUAUGUCAUUAUGUAUACAUUCACAGCUACAAACGCUUAUUAUUUUUUUCUACUCCCGUACAGUAUUCGUCAUUUACAGUGCCGUGCAUAGAUCUAAAACCCUACAUAAAAGAUGCCAACCCCGACAAGCUCCCCUCGCACCCACGCAGAUAGGUUAUUGGCCUUUAACGCAUUGUUACGAAGCAUUUAUGUACUAGUAAUGGAUAUAGCGUGGAUGCGCGUAGAGCCGGCCGGGGCUGGCGGUGGCGCUGGGGAGUGCGAGCGGCAGGAUUGGGUGAAGGAAGGAACAGAGGGGAGGUCGACGCGUACAGGAAACAAUGGGAAUUUCAUGAAAGUUAUUCUAGAAAACUAUUAAAAAGAAAAAGUUUUGUAUGCAACGGUGUCUAACUGAGUCAAAAUAGUCGUCUCUCUCGCCUUUUUUGACCUCGUUUAAACACCGAUUUCAUAAAUAAUACUAUAAUGUAACCAUAGAAUAAUAAACGUAAUUUACCGUUAA